AUGGCCCAGCUUUAUGCUGACCUGAGGUUUGCCAAAGUGAUGGGGGGCCGGAGCAUGACCAGCCAGGCGCUGGAGGAAGCCCUCGGCAUGAAUGAAGCAGAGAGCCCCUAUGAGAACACGCAGCCGGCRCUGCCAGGGCAGGAUGGGGACGGAGCAGAGCCCAGCCCAGGGCACUGGUCCGGUCGGUGGUGCAUCCCUGUGGGUUUGCUGGCAACCUGCCUGCUGCUGGUGGCCACUGUGGUCCUGGGAGCUUGUUACUGGCAGGUCACCCGCAGCCUGCAGGACACGUCCCUCAAGCACUCAGCCGAGCAGGGCCGCCUGUCACAGGAGCUGAGGGCRCAGGGGCAGAGCCUGGAGCRGACACAGCUGGAGCUGGCGUGGGCCAGGGCGGAGCUGCAGCGAGCGUGGCGUGAGGGCAACAUCAGCCAGCUGGAGAUGGACAGACUGACCGAGGAGCUGCACCAGGUCACGGGGGCCCUGGGCAAGGCCGAGAGGGAGGUGCAGGAGGUGCAGCGGAGGCUCAACAACAGCGAGAGCACUGUGGCCCUCCUGCGCUCCUGCACAGCUAUAGAUUGCUGCCCUUCGGGCUGGCUGCUGUACAGGGGCAAGUGCCUCUUUGUCUCCUCGGAGAAGAAGACAUGGGAAGACAGCAGAGAUGAGUGUGAGAAGACAUAUUCUCAGCUYCUGGUCACCAAAUCCUGGAGUCGCUGGACUGUGCCGACYUUCCUGAAGAAUGCAGAUGUCCCAUAUUGGAUUGGGCUGCAGAAGGGCAGCUUUCCCUGGUAUGACUAUGGGUGGCUGGAGGAAGAGGACCCRGACGGCGAGGGGGGCUCGGAGGCCUGGUUCUGGGUGGAUGGCUCCCUUUACGAAAGGCCGUGGCAGUCAAAAUCGAACGGAACCUGUGCCAUAAUAAGCCGUGGGAGCAUCAAGCCCGAGCAGUGCACGGGUCCCAACGAUGUGCACCUCUGGAUCUGUGAGAAGGCAGCAGGGCCGAGCUUCCCUUUCAAGUGA